AUGAUUACCAAUGAGACGUUCGGGAGUAAGUGCGACUAUCCCCCAGAGACCAAAUGUGGUAUGAUUACCAAUGAGACGUUCGGGAGUAAGUGCGACUAUCCCCCAGAAACCAAAUGUGGUAUGGUUACCAAUGAGACGUUCGGGAGUAAGUGCAACUAUCCCCCAGAGACCAAAUGUGGUAUGAUUACCAAUGAGACGUUCGGGAGUAAAUGCGACUAUCCCGCAGAGACCAAAUGUGGUAUGAUUACCAAUGAGACGUUCGGGAGUAAAUGCGACUAUCCCCCAGAGACCAAAUGUGGUAUGAUUACCAAUGAGACGUUUGGGAGUAAGUGCGACUAUCCCUCAGAGACCAAAUGUGGUAUGAUUACCAAUGAGACGUUCGGGAGUAAGUGCGACUAUCCCCCAGAGACCAAAUGUGGUAUGAUUACCAAUGAGACGUUCGGGAGUAAGUGCGACUAUCCCCCAGAGACCAAAUGUGGUAUGAUUACCAAUGAGACGUUCGGGAGUAAAUGCGACUAUCCCCCAGAGACCAAAUGUGGUAUGAUUACCAAUGAGACGUUCGGGAGUAAAUGCGACUAUCCCACAGAGACCAAAUGUGGUAUGAUUACCAAUGAGACGUUCGGGAGUAAGUGCGACUAUCCCCCAGAGACCAAAUGUGGUAUGAUUACCAAUGAGACGUUCGGGAGUAAAUGCGACUAUCCCGCAGAGACCAAAUGUGGUAUGAUUACCAAUGAGACGUUCGGGAGUAAGUGCGACUAUCCCCCAGAGACCAAAUGUGGUAUGAUUACCAAUGAGACGUUCGGGAGUAAAUGCGACUAUCCCCCAGAGACCAAAUGUGGUAUGAUUACCAAUGAGACGUUCGGGAGUAAGUGCAACUAUCCCCCAGAGACAAAAUGUGGUAUGAUUACCAAUGAGACGUUCGGGAGUAAGUGCGACUAUCCCCCAGAGACCAAAUGUGGUAUGAUUACCAAUGAGACGUUCGGGAGUAAGUGCGACUAUCCCCCAGAGACCAAAUGA